AUGCAGGCUUUCUUCGGUGACAGGCUGCUCUCGGCAGCAGUUAGCGAUGCCAGUUCUGCCGACGGGAUGGGAGGCAUGAGCGGCAAGCGAAAACGUCGAAGGCUCUCUUCGACCACUCAAGUGAUUACAAGCAACCGCAUGAUAUCGGCUGCCUCUACCGAUCAACAUCAGGCUGGGGAGGCACCCGAUCUCAAAAAACCGGUUCGUCAGCAUUUAUUUACCAUAUAUUGCAUGCUCUCUGGUUCCACCACAGUUUAUCCUUCCCUCUCUUUCUGUACACCGCUAAGUUGCAUUGGUGUUUAUGAAAUCAGAACUUGA